UGGCGCCUGGAAGAAAACGUGAUUUGAGGAAAGAGAAAAAGAAAAAUGCGAAUUUCUCUGUUGGGAAUAAAGCUAGAGCUGUGGAAAGCRUUCAGAGUAGUUCUAAAAAGAAGGCAAAAGAUAAACAUCAAAAUAAAAAGAAGUUAAAAGAAAAGACUUCCCAAUGGAUACAAGAUGUAGAUAAAAGCUUCUCUACUUUGCAACCCAAACUCGUUGAUAACAAUUUGAAARGCGAGGAUAAAGCUAGUGAGAUAAAAUCUGCCAAUUUGAAGGACAUGGAUAAUCAGAAGUUAAAAUCAGACAUAACAGAAGCAGACAUAAACAACACCAUUACAAAUAUGGCAAGUCUUUUAGAGCAGUCAUGACAGCCUACUCAAAAACUGACAAAUCCAAAACCACGAAGCUCAUUCAAAAUGGACAGCUUCCUGUCAUCUCACCAUUGGUAGAAUGAACACUGUUGCAAAUUUGAAAAGAAAAACACAGAACACGAUGUACUGUGGACAGAGUCAGCAUUGGAGACAAGCAAGAUUUACUUUGUAGAUCCAAGAAAACAUUCAGUACAGUCAAUAUCAUGAAUCUGACAUUAGACAAUUUUAAGCCAGCCAUUAAUAAUUUUUUACUUAACCAAUAAUAACUAUAACCCUUAAUAACUAUAAUAAUAAUAUUAAUAAUAAGAACAUGGCAUUUAUACUUUUUAUACUUCACUCCAUUUGUACAUUUAUUUAUUAAUUUAAUUUAACAAUUUUGGAAUUUGCUGUAUGUCCGCCAGGAUCUUGCAAAUAAAUGAUGUAGAUGUAGAUGUAGAUGUAGUCAAAGAUAUUUUUCAAGAAAAAGUCAAUGACAAUUAUCGAAAUUCUAUAAAGAAACAACCAAAAAAAAAAACAACCAAAAAACAAUUAAAAAAAAAUGCCGGCGAUACAUAAGUAUACAGGGAUCCCAUCACAUGUACUGAAAUCAAUUAUUAACAGCUCAUACCGAAUCCGUUUAAAACAAAUAAAAAGUUACCAAACAAUAAUCCAAUGUCAACAACCUCUGAUCUUUAAGAGUAGUGUGGAAAUUACUCUGUUGAUAACAAUUCUGGUUAAGAAACUUUAAAGUGUUUCAGUCCACUCUUUUAGUUGUUACCUCGUUGUCGAAAUGAGAACUUCAUCGAAUGGAAGACUCUCGCCAAGGUUUUUGGAGCAACUUGGCAUUCUUUCACAGAAAGUUGCUUUGAGGAAAGAUGGUUUGUGUAGACGGCGUCCCGAAAGUCCAAGGCCGCUGGAGGAUGGAGACAGACAUUGGUAUAAGUCGGCUAUGGAUGGCGACAUCAGCGAAAUAAAAUAUUUACUGGAACGCGAUCCAGAUAUGGUUGAUAAAAAGGAUUCAAUUAUGGGGUUUACAGCWUUACAUUGGGCUGCCAAGAAAGGAUAUAUAGAAAUGACAGAACUUCUUGCUGGUACAGGAAUGGAUGUUAACAUUAAAACGCGGGGGGGAUAUACAGCAUUACAUUUUGCAGUGAUACAUUACCACGAAGCAAUAAUUUCUAUACUUGUGGAUGAUUAUGGAGCAAACAUUAACAUUAGGGAUAAUAGUGGAAGGAAGCCAAAGCAUUACCUCAAAGACAACACAUCACCAUGGAUACAGCGAAAACUUGGGAAAUCUGUAAAAUUGUCAGUCUCAUUCAGCAAAAAUGGUGCUCUGGCAAAGGGUCUCGGUACAUUUGGUAAUCUACUUGUCCCUGCAAGUCCCCUGAGUUCAUCCUUGGAGACAGGGCUCAAUGACAUUGGAAUAGAUGAUGACAAUGGUGAACAAAAUGCAAGUAAUACGCAACGACGGGGAUCAUUUGUCAAGUUUUGCCAAARUCUUAGAGGAAAAACAAAAAGAGGAAGUACUCCUUCUCUCGAACUUCUAUCGGAAGAUGCUGCACUCAAGUAUCAUCGGACUCAUGGACGGGCCAAAUCAGCCCCAAACUUAGAUAUGUUUACACUUAGAACUCCAAUGAGAUCCUUGCAAGCACAUCCACCUUGACAUUAUGGCAAACAUUUAGAUCACAUUUGAUACAUUUAU